AUGGACCGCAGGAUGGACCGUUGCGUGCGGGAGGAGGCGGAGAGGCUGCACGCGCAGGCACGCGAGCUGCUGCGCGUGCACACCGGCGCGCUCGCGGAGAUCUGGCGCGUGUUUCCGCGCCAGGCGGAAGCCUUCGCCUUCUGGGACGCGAAUGCGGGGAUCCCUGACCUCGGUUGCUUCUCCGAGGAGCUCUCCGCGACGGGCGUGCGGCGCUUCCUCAUCGCGACGCGGCAGGAGUUCUGCGGCCGCUAUCUCUCCCCCGCGGGCCCGGCCGGCGGACCGAAGCGCCCGGGCGCCGCCAGCGCACCACCGGCCGCGCCGCCGCCGUCGCGGCACUGGUACGAGAUCAUACGGCAGGGCCGACCGUGCCACGUGUACCUCGACCUCGAGUUCGUCCCCGACGCGAACCCCGGCGUCGACGGCGAGGCCCUGGUCGCGCGCGUGAUCAGCGCCGUGCGGGGGGGUCUCCAGGAGAGGUACAACAUCGCUGUGCCGGACGACGCGAUCGUCGAGCUGGACUCCUCCACGCCCGCGAAGUUCUCCCGGCACCUCGUCGUGCGGUGCGCCUCCGCGGCGUUCCGCAACAACGCCCACGUCGGCGCCUUCCUGCAGUGGGCGCUCUCCGCGGAGCGCGCGCAGGGGGGCGCCGGAGACGGCGCCAGCGCCCCCGCGGGUGAGGGCGCAGCGCCCGCGUCCCCUGCGAAUGUCGAAGGGCCCCAAGCGCGCGGAGCGCCAGCGAUGGAUGCGGGCUUGAUGGUGUGGAGCAAGGGGGGUGUCGAGGGGGGUGUUCGAACUUCCUUCGUGGACAUGGGCGUGUACACACGCAACCGCGCGUUCAGGCUCUACCUGAGCAGCAAGUUCGGCAAGCAGGCGGUGCUGCGUGAGACGGGCCGCUUCUUCACGAAGCCGCCGCGACCCCUGCAGCGGGACACGCUCGAGAAGACCCUGGUCACUCUCACGGACGAGGAGGCGCGCAGCUUCCGGCUGCUCGAGGCCUUCGACGAGGAGCGCGGGGGCGACGCGAUUCCGGGCGCAGCGGGGCGCCGGGGCGAGGGGAGUGUGGCUACGGGUCACAUUGGGCCCCCGCAGCACGGCGGGACGUCGUCGAGCCCGUUCCCGGCGGUCGACGACUUCAUCCGGUCGGUGUGCAACCACGACGGCGUCCAGGGCGAGAUCCGGUCGUGGAUGUUCCUGCCCGAGGCGGGCCUGCUCGUGCUGCAGAUUCGCGCCAACAGGUGGUGUGGCAACGUCGGGCGCGCCCACCGCUCCAACGGCGUGUACUACUGCUGCGACCUGCGCGCGGGGAUCUGGUACCAGCGGUGCCACGAUCCGGACUGCCGCGCGUACCGCUCGCCCGCUGCGCCGCUGCCGGCCCCCCUCGCCUGGUCACCCCCAGGCGCAGAUCAGGAGCAGGCGGCUAGCCCGCAGUGGGGCACGUGCGGGCGGCCGGGCCCCGGCGCGCUCGAGGCCGCGGGCUGGACCGAAGAGGCCGCGCUGCAGGCGCUGGAUCUCUGA